AUGAUGGAAGAUCAAGGCAUCUGGGAGGCAGUCGAGCCGACGACCGGUGUGGCUGUCGACACGAUGAAGGACAAGAAGGCGAGGUCACAUCUUCUCCAAGCCCUCCUGGAGGAUCUCCUAAUGCAGGUGGCAAAGAAGGCAAUGGUGAAGGAGAGCGACUUUGAUGCCAUGCAAAUGCAAGAAGGAGAGAUGUUGGAUCAGUAUGCGGGUAGACUCACCGGAAUGUCCGUCAAGUAUGCCAACUUGGGGGGGACCCUGAGCAACGCCGCCCUAGUGAAGAAGCUGUUUGAUACUGUUCCAAAUCGAUUUCUGAGCGUAAUCGCUGGCAUAAAGCAGUUUUGCGACCUCGACACUAUGUUGUUUGAAGAGUCCAUGGGACGACUCAAGACCUACGAAGAAUGCUCGCAUCCCCAAUCAUUGGGUACCGGUGGCAACGGUGAUGCUCAACUACUUCUCACCCAGGUCGAGUGGGAGGCACGGCAGAAGAGAAGCGGCGGUGACCCAUCAUUGAACCGAAAGGAGAGGACUCAUGGGGAAGGAGGGGUUCGCAGCCGGGGUGGACGCGGACACGGCAGAGGGUGUUGGAGAGGCAUACACUGCGACUUUCCACUCAAGGAUAGAGCAGGUGGCUCUGGGGGUGGUGGCCGUGACAAGAGUCACAUCCGUUGCUUCAAUUGUGACGAAUUGGGGCAUUACGUGAACCGAUGCAAGGCUCUCAAGAAGAAGGAGGAGGCGCAUCUCACACAAGUUGACGACACGGGGCCAGCCCUGCUGCUUGUAGAGUUGGAAGAAGUGGUGUCUGCAGCACUUGAGCGACCAGAUUGGCAGGAACAGCAGGAUGUCGUCCUGCUGAAUGAAGAACAGGUAUGGUCGAAACUACAUGGGACCAAGCACGGCAUGGAAACUACUGAUGUGUGCUACCUAAAUAACGGUGCCAACAACCACAUGACCGGAAACAAGGUCAAGUUUCGCGAGUUGGACGAGGCAAUCACUAGAAAGGUGAAGUUCGGCGAUGGUUCAUCGAUGCAGAACAUGGGUAAGGGCUCAAUUCUUUUUAGAUGCAAAAAUGAUGAUCAGUGGCUGCUUCAGGAAGUAUACCAUAUUCCAAGGCUUCGCAGCAACAUCGUGAGUCUCGAGCAACUCACCGAGGCAGGCCACAAGGUGGUUAUGGAUGAAGGUGAACUGGAGGUGUUUGUCAAAAAUCCAUGGCAGCUGAUCAUGAAGGCUCAGAACAAAAGACCAAGCAUGCUCGGCGUUCAUGAGGAUUAA